AUGCUGAAUGACUUUGGUCGAAACAGCUUCUACCAAAAUGCACUGGCCGCUGCCAUGAAAAGGUGUGCGAGCUGCAGUGUGUUGGACUUGGGAGCUGGUAGUGGCUUGCUGGCGAUACUGGCAGCACAGCUCGGAGCAAUCCAAGUCUUAGCGUUGGAAGCGAAUCCCAGCUUGGCGGAUCUGGCGAACAAGACCAUCGAAGAAAAUCGCCAUCUUUUUCCAGACUCCGAUGUGAAAGUUGUAGCUGAGCUGUCAACCCAAGUGCAGCGUAGCGCUGCAACCGGUGAACCCAAGGCGUUUGAUUUGUUGGUCACUGAAACCUUCGGUACUUUGCUACUUGGAGAGAGCGCAUUGGCCUUCGUGUCGGAUGCGAGCCAGGACAGCGGCUACUGA